AUGAGCUCUACCCGCGCCAUCGAGUCCAAUACUAUUGGAGAUAAUGCCCGGAUUCAUCAGGGUGAUGUGAUCUACAAUUACGCCAGUAACCCCCGCGAACCCUGUGUCCUGAUUCCCUUUCCCCGCAAUGAGGAGCUUAUCCCUCGUCAAGACCUUAUUAGCGAGCUAGGUAGAAUCUUGCCGCUAUCCGAAGACUAUUCCACCGCCGCCCUCUAUGGUCUUGGUGGCUCAGGCAAAACUCAGAUUGCCCUCGACUAUGCCUAUCGCCGGUGCCAAGUCCCCACCUGUUCCGUGUUCUGGGUCCAUGCCGACAACGAAACCACAUUCACCCAAGACUUCAGGUCGAUCGCGAAGAGGCUAGGUCUCCCAAGCAAUCUCGAUGGCGAGGAUCUCUUAAUGGCUCUCUUUGGUGUCGGCCAUACCGCACAAGAUGCUUCGAAUCUGGGAGAACAUGCAUUAAGCCUAGAUAAUUUCAUCCCAAGAGGUCCAAGGGGCCAAGUUCUUUGGACGAGCCGCGACGAGCGCAUCGCCGGAGGUCUUGUUGCUGCUCGAAGGGCAAUUAAAGUCUCAAAUAUGACUCCAGAUGAGGCGAAAGAGCUGUUCGGCAGUGCCAGAAAUAAACAAGCGAGCAGCGGUGAGGCAAAAGAUAUUGCAGCACUUCUUGCCGAGCUUGACUGGCUACCGCUCGCUAUAUCGCAAGCUGCAGCAUAUAUAAAGAGGACUUUGACAACUGUUGAGGAAUACAUGUCGAAAUUGAAAGAGGGCAAGAAAAGAUGGAAGAUCUUAAAGCAAUCACAAAGUGACCGUCACCGGCGACGAGAGGUGUCAAACAGUAUUUUGGAGACCUGGAGCAUUUCGAUGGAGUAUCUUCAGAUUGAAAACAAGACAUCAUAUCAGAUUUUGCACAUACACGCCUUUCUGGAUAACCAGAAUAUCCCUUUUGAGUUGGUCAAGCAGGCAGCUCUUUACAGCGACGAGAGUAAUGUAAUGGAUUAUUUUCACGAAGCACACGAUAAUGAUUCCUCAUCAGACUCUGAUAGUGAUGGUGAUAAAAUUACUGAAGCUAUCGCCCGUCUCUGUGACUUUUCAUUUUUAAGUGUACAGGCCACUGGAGAUGGAAAUCGUGCAUAUAAGGUGCACAAGCUAGUGCAAGAAGCAAUGCGGUAUGGACUGGGUAGAAAGGAACGAAAGAAAGAGGAAAAGUAUUUCUCGGUCGCAGCACUUGAGAUUGUUUUGAGUCUCUUCCCGGUCAGUGGGCCAGAGGUAUGGAACGAAUGCGAGAAGUGCAUCACACACGCACAGCAGGCGUGUGAGUGGGCUACACUCUGUGGAAGAGAGUUAACGGCCGCGAACUUAUUAGCAAGGGUGUCGCAUUAUCUAUACGAACGUGGAAGAUGGAGAGAGAGGGAGAUUGCGGACCAAAGAGCAUAUGGGCUACGAAAGACAACCUUAGGCGAUAAGCAUCCUGAUACAAUCAGGAGUAUGGCAUCUCUUGCAGCGACAUAUCAUGCACUUGGCAGGUAUAAAGAAGCAGAGGGAAUAUUAGUGGAAGCACUGGCACUACGGCGGGGGAUUCUUGGCGAGAAGCAUCCUGAUACGAUCAGGAGUAUGGCAGAUCUUGCAGUAAUAUAUCGUGCACUGGGGAGGGAUGAAGAUGCAGAGAAGUUAGCUUAG